AUGGCGGAUCCUCUCAGCAUCGCUGGAAGCAUCAUCGGCGUCGCUGCGGCUGGAGUCAAGGUGUCGUUGAUGCUCUACCAGUUUGCGGACGAGGUCGGCUCGGCGGCCAAGGACGCGAAGCAUAUCGGCAGGGAGAUCUCCAACUUUUGCUUCAUCCUCCGCAUCCUCGGGACGACGCUCAAGGAGGCGGAUGCGGCGUCGGUGAUGCACUGCAGGGAUGUGGCCGAGGAGAUGAACGAGCGGUGCUUGACAAUGUUCAUCGAGAUCAUCGAGCUGGUCCGGGACCUGCAGAGGUUCGUCGGUGGUCCUGGAGAGAACAGCUUCAAGUGGACGGCAAAGAUCAAGUGGGCGCUUCAGAAGCCCAGGAUCACCUAUCUCCGCGCCAGUCUCGACACGUACAAGACGACUCUCAAUUUGAUGCUGGAAACGUUGAGUCUUGCAGACAGGGUGGCGAAACGAAGGAUGAGACGGUCCAGUGUGGUUGAUAAAGACAACGAUAUGCAUCAGCAGAGCCUGAUUCAGAGUCUCGAACAGGCGCACCGCGCCUCCAUAGCGGAGCUCCAAGAGCUUGAAGAGCAAACGCUCGUGGAUGGAGAAGAGCAGUAUCUCGAUGCUCCAGAGGACGACGCUUCCAACCACGAAGUCCUUCGAGAUUCGUACGUCUCGACUGCCUCGGCUGAAAGGUUCUCCAUGAUUGAGUCUGUGAGAGAAGAUCUCGAAUCCUUGCGGGUGAAUAGAACGAGCACCUUCAGCUUUGAAGUCUUGUCCACGAGAAAUUCUCUCUGGUUGUCGGAAGAACAGAAUAACUUGAGAAGAUGGUCGUCCAAUCUUCUUGACCCUUCAAACGAGCCAUCGAACAGGCGCAAUUCUCGCCGUUCACUCGACCCGAGACGAUCCAGGAGGACGACUCAAAUGUUUGACGGAGUUCUCCAAGCUUCGCCGCCACCCACCAUCGAGGAGACCGAAAACAAUCUCGAAGACGCAGAAUCCGCAUCCAUCAUCAACAACUUCAAAGACUGGCUGGCCACCCUUUCUUCCGAGGACCGGUACAAAGCCUGGAGCAGCAUUCUCCCCGUCAUAUUGCGAUCUCCCCCGCCUUCGGAUCAAGACGACUGGCCAUCAGGAUUCGAAACGGAGGCGUCCGACUCUAAACCAGCACUCCAGAUCAGCAGGCCUGCAAUUCCUGCUUGCUUACCGGCCAAACAAGCUCUACCCCUUCCACUGGAAUCAAAAAUGCCCCCAACACCUCCUUUGGGCCCAUCCAAGCGUCCGGACGAGAGUCCAGGGGAGACACCAGAGGAGGAGCCAUCCAAGCGCCUGGAAGAGAGUCUAGGGGAAACACCAGAAGAAACCCUAUCUAAGCGCCCAGAAGAGAGUCCAAGGGAAACACCGGAGAAGGCCCCACCCAAGGGCCCGGAGCAGAGUCCGGGGGGAACACCAGAGGACGCCCCAACCGAGCAAUCGUCAGAUGUGCAAGACGGGGAGCCUUUCAAGACAUUCCGCGUCAGUAUCGAUGACCCUACUUACGCAGUGUUACCGGUAGCGCUCAAGAGAUGGAACAUCACCGAAGACUGGAGGCUGUACGCCUUGUAUAUCGUGUACGAGGACCAGGAGCGUUGCUUGGGAUUGAACGAAAAGCCCUUGGCUAUGUUCAAGAAUCUUGUCAGAGAGGGCAGAUGCCCAAUGUUUAUGCUUCGGAAACACGUCGCGCCGGUGCACGGGUUUUCUAUCACCAAAGAGGCCCCUGGGUUGGAAGACACUGGCCGCACAUAUCCACAGACUCUGGCACCGUGGAACGUAUUUUGA